GCUACACUCAUCCCCAUCCUUAUUUCUUGUGCGAUCAUGAAGCUCCUGGUAUUCGUGAGUAUGCUCCUUGCUGCCAAUGCAGCAAAGCUGCAGCAAUACAGCCUUCCGAGUCCUCAAGGGACUUCCGGUACAAGAGGCACCGGAAGUUUCGACGUUUCCACGUCAUUCGGACAGGCACCGACCGAGCACGAACACUCUUCAGUAGGCGUAUCCGGACCCGUACCCGAACAUAACGAACAAUCGUCCCAUUCCUUCGCCGGACAAUUUAGCCAGUCUUUCUCCGCUCCUGACGGCGGACAGGCCGCCUUCAGCAGUCAGGCGACUGGCGUCUCCUCCUCCGGGCCGACGCAGACCUCAGCAUUCGGCACCACACAGCAGUUCUCCGGAAGCGGCGCUGCUGUGCAGUCCAGUACUUCCUCAGGACAACAGCAGACUCAUCCUGACGCAGAUAACACUUUCGUCCGAGACUCCUCCGCCGGGGAUUGCCCAGACGGUCAGAUUAAACACUUCGACGGAAGGUGCGUCACGCCCGAGGUGACACGGAAUGUGUUCGUCUACGCGGCCCCUGAGAGGAACCGCCAAACAGACUUCGCUCCCGUCGACGUCCCUCUACCCAGGGUCGAGCACAACAUCGUCUUCAUCCGCACCGAGGAACUCGAGAGGGCCAACGACCCCAUCAUCGUGCCCCCGCCCCUGAGGAAGGACAUCAUCUACGUCCUCAACAAGGAAUCAGAGUUCGCAGGCCAGAGGGUCAUCGAAAUCCCCACGAGCAAACCCGCGAAGCCCGAGGUGUUCUUCGUCAACUACGCCGACGGGGAGACGCCCACCCUUCCCGACGGCACCGACUUCGAAACGGCCCUUAGCUCGGCCAUCCACUCCGAGGGCCAAGUCAUCGGUGGAUCCAGCGGCUUCGAAGUCCGUGACCAGCAGGGGUCAGGUUUCCACUCCGAGGGCCAAGUCACCGGUGGGUCCAGCGGCUUCGAAGUCCGUGACCAGCAGGGGUCUGGUUUCGUCGGGAACGUCGAGGCGUCCUCCGGCGGUUUUAACACCGGCUUCGACGUUUCUGCUUCUGCUGGCGCUGUCGACAUUAUAGCUACUACCGAAGGCACAGCUACAACGGGCUACAGUUACGGACGCAACGGCGCUGGAGCAUCGGCGGCGAGCAACUUCUUCGGCAGCGCGUCUUCCAGCCAGAACAAUUUCGGUGGCGAUGUGGCCGUUUCAGUAGGUCAAGACGAGUCCGCCGCGUUCGGUUCGGGCAGCAUCUCCAGCAACCUCAUCAACGUCGGCCAUGGAAAUCCCGAGCCUUCCAGCGCCCAGACUGGAAUCCCAUUCCCCGCCAAUACCUUCCAGGCUACGCAGCCAGCUUCUGGUGUAGUCGCAUCACCCCAGACUAAGUACGGUGCACCAUAAAUACCAUCCUCUCCUUGACGCACUAUGAUGUAUUUUUCGAACAACUGAAUAUCUUCGUCUAAUUAUUUAGGUUCUAUUUAUAUAUCCAUAUACGACAUCGCCUUAUCAUUCUGAUUAAGUCUACGAAGUGCCAUGCUAAUGUAUUUUUUGAUAGAAUAAAUUCUCAUUCCCAAAACGAAAAA